AUGAAUUUACAUAGUUCGCUAGCUCUAGAUAUUAAAAAUAGCAAAUUGAUUAUUAUUGAUGAGGCCACAAUGAUGACUAAACACGCUUUGCGAUGCAUUGACCGAUUACUUAAAGACAUUAUGAAAAAUUCCCACCCAUUUGGCGGAAAAAUCAAGUUGAUUACAAAGCUUGGUUACUUAAAAUUGGAGAUGUGCUAUCACGCAGCAAUUCUGAUCUUCCUACAAAUAGUUGAAAUCCCACCUUAUUUGCUUGAAAAUGAUUCAUUAAUAAAAUGUGUGUAUGGUAAUUCUAUAGAAAUUGCUGAUAUAGAUAGUCUUUCUACUAAAAUAAUAUUAACCACCAAAAAUAAAAUUGCACUUACCCUCAACAACGAUAUCAUUAAUAUAAUUUCAGGCCCUAUCAAACAUUAUUAUAGUGCAGAUUCCAUUGAAAGCGAUAAUAAGGGUGAUAUAAUGAAUUUUCCACUAGAAUUUUUGCAUUCACAAACUCCAUCCGGUAUGCCACCUCACAAGCUAACACUUAAGGUAUUGACAGGCACUAAUAAGGGUUAUCGAGUUUUUCUCCCACGAAUAGAUCUAGCUCCAAGUGACUCUCAGUUACCAUUUACUUUAAAAAGACGACAGUUUCCUAUAAUUCCCGCUUUUGUGAUUACAAUAAAUAAAAGUCAAGGACAAACUUUUGAUCAUGUAGGCUUAUUCCUCCCUGAGCCCGUCUUUGCCCAUGGACAACUAUAUGUGGCUCUUACUAGAUGCGUAGCCAGGAUUUUCCUAAGGAGGGGAAUUAAAAAAAUUACUGGGGCUUCGCCCCCAGAUCCCAUUAGUGGGCCUUCGGCCUGCUUUUGCCCGGCUUUCGGCUGGGUUACCUUAGUCCAUAUAUAG